GAGUUAGUCCUUUAAUCAAUCAAUCAAGAUUUAAAAAUCAAUCAACACUUUUCGAAAAAAAAAUCUAAAUUUAUAAGCAAACAGAAAAAGAAAAAAUCUCUAUAAGAAUGAGUGUUUAUAAAUAAUUAUUCAUAAAUAAUUUUGGCUUCGGCCUUUUUUUUUUGAAAAAGGUGCGCUUUUUAAUAGAGGUAACGUAAUCGUUCGUUUUUACCGGCUUAUACCAAUUUUCAAAAUGGCGAGCCCCGCAUACGUCGAAGACGAAGUUGGGCAACGUUUCGACCGUUGCCUUACGGACGGAGUUCUAAAAUUCGGUGGUGGUGCAGUAUUGGGGGCGGUAUUUUCACUGUUGUUUUUUAAAAGACGAAGGUGGCCAAUAAUAUUGGGCGGAGGUUUCGGUAUGGGUAUGGCUUAUUCAAAUUGUGAAUCCGAAUUAAAUGAACUGAUGGCUUCACGCGCCCAUGUUGUACCUAAAGCUAGCAGUAAAUGCCAGUAGAAAUGUAUUUACCUAGGAAUUAAUAGAGCAAGCAAGUGAAGGUGUAAAGGAGAUUUUUUAAUCAAAGCUAAGAGAAGGCGGCAAUUAUGGGGUGGUUUUUCAUCUAUUUUUUUUCGUCUUAUCCAAAUAGAUACAAAAAUAAAAAACUACGUUUGUAUGUAGAGAAACUACACUUUAAAUUUGGUUUUUUAAUGCUGAUAGUCAAAAACAUCCAUUUUUGAAGUCUAUUUGUAAUUUGUAAAUAACUUAUUUAAUAAUAACUAUCCUAAUUUGUCGUUUAAAAACA